CCAAAGUGCCAUUUAUUGCCCUCACAGUAACUGCUCCACCUACCAUGUUGAAAAGACUGAAACAGAGUUUGUCUUUAAAAAGUGACUGCAAAAUUGUCUCUGCAAACCCCAAUCGAGCCAAUAUAUACCUUGAAAAAAAAUUACGAUUGAGUAACCAUCACUCAUAUGGAAGUUAUGACCAGAUCCUUGUACCCAUUGCAAACAACCUGGCUAUACAAAGAGAAAACUACCCAGUGACAAUUGUCUACUUGAAACUGAAAUAUUGUGGCUAUGCGUAUCGGUUAUUUGAGGGAAUAUUAAAAGACAAGCAGUAUUCAGGGAAUAUCAGUGAUCCGGUUGCAAGGUUGUUUGCCCAGUUUCAUGGUCCUCAAACAAAGCGUAUGAAGAAGGACAUAAUCCAUGAGAUAGGAAAAGAAAACUCAAGAAUAAGAGUGAUAUUUGCCACCUCAGCUCUUGGUAUGGGUGUUGAUGCACCUUAUGUUACCAGAAUUAUACACAUCACACCUCCUGCUACAGUUGAAUCUUAUGUGCAGGAAAUUGGGCGUGCUGGCAGAAUAGGACUGUUAUCCAGAGCAAUUCUGUAUUACAAUAACUCUGACAAUGCAAAUAAUAAGAAACAUGUCCAGGAUGAAAUGAAAACUUACUGUCAAUCGCAACAGAUAUGUCUUCGACAGCAAAUUUUGCAAUAUUUAGGAUUCUCCAAAGUGACACAAGAAAAAUGUUGUUCUGUAUGUGAGGGUGUUAGUGGCAAAGUUUUCAGCGAUGUGAAUGAAGACCAGAAACCUACCAAAAAGUUUAGAAUGCUUGCAAUUACUAACAGGGCCAUCUUGGAAGAAAAAAUUUAUUGUGAAGUUUUAAAUAAGAACCAAGUAAAAUCUGAAAUGCUUUCUAUCCCUUCCAUUGAAGUGGAUGUUGUAGACAAGAUGAUGGAAGGAAUUGAGUAUAUAGAGACAGAAUCAGACUUAUUACUAACAUAUGGCAUAUGGGACGAAGACAUAUCUUCUAAGAUAUUUGGUUUGAUAUCUACAUAUGCUCCACUUAUUUAAUUAUAAGUCUCAAUUGAAUCAGUGUGGUACUUAACAGUGUGAAUAGACUCUCUGAGAAAGCACAAGUUGUGAGAUUUUUAAUGUGUAAGUAGCCUUUUUCCUUCUAGGGGUGUAAGUGCAAUUAGCUGGUGGAUUGAAAUAGAAUGUGCUGUGCCAUGCUUUAAUAUUUAAGGUCUUUAAGGCCAUGUCAUGGGACAAAUUUUGCUGCAACUUGCAACACAAUUUUGUUUGUUCACAGAGAAAUUGAAUCUCGUUUUACUUUGCCGAUAUCCGUUUC